GCCCCGCCAAGCCCUGCUAUGCCUCGCUUCUCCGGGCAGACAGCAGCCCUAUGGCGAGGGAGGCGCCCCGGGCAGUCGCGCGUGGUGUUUCCCUAAGGCCGUCGAGGGAGCCGAGCAGCAGCAGCAGCAGCAGCCCGGAUCCUGACCCGGAUUGUAUGAAUAACUCGCCGAUGUGCAGCCCGACUCCGCCGCCCAGUAGCAGGCGAGCAGGGAGCAGCGACGGGAUCCGGAGCGGCGCGAGGCGAUCGGCGGACCGGAGGAUCCCCCGCGCUUGCCUCCGCCGCUGGACAGCCCAGGCGACGAGAGCCCCCGCGCGCAGCCCCGCUCCGCUGCUGUCGCUGCUGCCGCGGCGGCGGCUGUGGCGGGAGAAUUUGCAAGAACAGCGGCGGAGGCGGCGGCAGCAGCAGCAGCAGCGAGGAGGAGAAGGAGAACCCGGGAAAGUUUGCUUGGCCUUUGACAGAGGCGAGGAGGGCAGUCAGACGUGGUGAGAGAAGCGGGCAAGCGAGCGAGCGCCUCUACGCAGGGGCUCGGCCGAACAGAGAAGCCUUUCCCCGCGCGCGUGUUUUCCAUCGCGAGUGGGGAAGCGCCAGAUCCGGAUCGGACACCCCCAGAGAGGAGCGCGGACGGCGGAGAGCGUCCUUAGCCAAGCAAGCCCCAAACACACACACACACACACACCACUCUCACACACACAAAUACACCCCCCCCUCCUGACACUCGGCGGCGCCUUCGCUCUCUCUCUCCCCGUCUGGGCUGGGGAGGAGCGUGACCAUGCUGGCUUGGAGGGUGGCUCUGUGGCUGGCUGGCGUGACCCUGUGCGGCAAGCUCGCCCGCGGCUCCGGGAUCGACUACGACGAAUACGCUUACGAGCUCGACGGAGGGGACGAGGCGGAAGCGAUCGAUUAUAAGGAUCCCUGCAAAGCCGCUGUCUUUUGGGGAGAUAUUGCCUUAGAUGAUGAAGACUUAAAAAUGUUUCAUAUUGACAGAACAAUUGAUCUUACGGAACAUUCAAAUGAAAGACUUGGACACAAUACAGGUGGUUUUGGAGAGCGUGCAGUGUCAAAAAAAAGUGAUGCCCUGUUUCAGCUUAUAGACAGCAUAAGAAGAUUUGGCUCAGGUUUCCAGCAAAAUAAUAUAACAAAGGGAAGAGCAGCUCUAACAUUCUCAGGGAGCUAUGAGAAGAAAAGGUUUCCACGAGCAGCUACAUCACGCACAGAACGGAUAUGGCCAGGGGGUGUCAUUCCAUACGUUAUAGGAGGAAAUUUCACUGGCAGUCAACGAGCAAUGUUCAAGCAGGCAAUGCGGCACUGGGAAAAAUAUACCUGCGUUACAUUCAUUGAGCGAAGUGACGAAGAAAGUUACAUUGUGUUUACAUACAGGCCUUGUGGGUGCUGUUCUUAUGUAGGCCGAAGGGGUAAUGGCCCUCAGGCAAUUUCUAUUGGCAAGAACUGUGAUAAAUUUGGAAUUGUUGUUCAUGAGCUGGGACAUGUGAUAGGAUUUUGGCAUGAACACACAAGACCAGACAGAGAUGAUCAUGUAACCAUCAUCAGAGAAAACAUCCAGCCAGGUCAGGAGUACAACUUUUUGAAGAUGGAGCCUGGAGAAGUGAAUUCUCUGGGGGAGCCAUAUGAUUUUGAUAGCAUUAUGCACUAUGCCAGGAACACCUUCUCAAGGGGCAUGUUUCUGGACACCAUUCUUCCUUCCCGUGAUGAUAAUGGAAUCCGACCGGCCAUUGGUCAGCGCACGAGAUUAAGUAAAGGAGAUAUUGCACAAGCAAGAAAGCUGUACAGAUGUCCAGCGUGUGGAGAAACACUGCAAGAGUCUACAGGCAACUUCUCCUCUCCCGGGUUUCCAAAUGGCUAUCCUUCGUACACACACUGCAUAUGGAGAAUUUCAGUGACGCCUGGAGAGAAGAUUGUUUUAAACUUCACUACAAUGGACCUCUAUAAGAGCAGCCUCUGCUGGUAUGACUAUAUUGAAGUAAGAGAUGGCUACUGGAAAAAAUCACCUCUGCUUGGCAGAUUCUGCGGUGACAAACUCCCAGAUGUCCUCACCUCCAGUGACAGCAGAAUGUGGAUAGAGUUCCGUGGCAGCAGUACCUGGGUAGGGAAAGGUUUUUCAGCCACUUACGAAGCAAUUUGUGGAGGUGAAAUACACAAGAAUGAAGGCCAGAUCCAGUCUCCUAAUUAUCCUGAUGACUACAGACCAAUGAAGGAAUGUGUGUGGAAAAUAACAGUGUCAGAGAACUACAAUGUUGGAUUAACAUUUCAGGCCUUUGAGAUUGAGAGACAUGACAACUGUGCCUAUGAUUACUUAGAAGUCCGAGAUGGAACCAGUGAAAGCAGUCCUUUGAUUGGCCAUUUUUGUGGCUAUGAUAAACCUGAAGACAUCAGAUCUACCUCUAAUACCCUGUGGAUGAAGUUUGUUUCUGAUGGAACAGUCAACAAAGCAGGGUUUGCUGCUAACUUUUUUAAAGAGGAAGAUGAAUGUGCCAAACCUGACAAUGGUGGAUGUGAACAACGGUGUGUGAAUACACUGGGCAGCUAUCAGUGUGCUUGUGAUCCAGGUUAUGAGCUUGGGCCUGACAAGAAGAGCUGUGAAGCGGCUUGCGGAGGACUUUUGACAAAGUUGAAUGGGACUAUAACAACACCAGGAUGGCCCAAAGAAUAUCCUCCUAAUAAAAACUGUGUGUGGCAGGUGGUUGCUCCCACCCAAUAUAGAAUCUCAGUGAAGUUUGAGUUUUUUGAAUUGGAAGGAAAUGAAGUGUGUAAAUAUGAUUAUGUAGAAAUCCGUAGUGGCCUUUCUUCUGAUUCCAAACUGCAUGGCAAAUUUUGUGGUACAGAAGUGCCUGAAGUUAUCACAUCACAAUAUAACAACAUGAGAAUCGAGUUCAGGUCGGAUAACACAGUCUCAAAAAAGGGUUUCAAGGCUCACUUCUUUUCAGACAAGAGAGCUGCCUGCAAGGAGAAAGUUUUUGUUUUUGAAUCAUGCAAGGACUUGAUAGAGGUUGUCCCUUCAGGCCAAGUACGUAUAAUUCACAGACUGGCCUCUGAGGGUCUCAGAGGUAUGACCUUAUGUCUUGUGAAUGGUUAAAAUCUAACAUAUUGCUGAGAAUGGAUCUUUCCCUUUUAUAAUUACUGACAGAAAGAAAUACACAAAGGAUCCAUUCAAAACUGGGAGACAGAUUUCCAUCUCUUGAGCACAACAAAUGGUUUGCAUUUAGUCAGCAAAACAUUUGUUUCUCUAACUAAUCACUAAUUUUUUUCCCCUUCUAAGAUUUUCAAUUUGGAAUGUACAUGAUGGAAAGUCUACACUGGCUUAUGUAAAAUGUAGAUAAGACUUUUGCUGCACCAUUCACUAACAGUGCCAAACUAUUGUAUUCUGCUGAAGUUUCACUUUCUGUCCUGUGAUCAUUAUACAACACCGGUAGAGAGGGAACAAAAGAUUCGUUUCAAUAAAGCAGAUAUACCUUGAGCAAAACAGCUUUUGACUGAAUAUACACAAACAUGACUUUUCCAUUUCAGGUAUUUUGAUUGAGCAGAGAGGGCUUUGAUAGCCUCUGCGAAAUUAGAGCUCUUUAUUCAUGGACCUGCUAUUUGUAAUAAGAACUUUUGAGCUUACUUUCUAUACAUUUGACUGGUUUGUUAGACAACUGCUUGUUAAGGAGAAGAAAUGUUAGACAGGUCACCAUUCCCUGAUCAGUUCUCUGUUUGCCUUUCCCAUUACCUUUUGCAGGAGAAAGUUUGUCACAGGUUUGCUUUCUAAAGAGAUAAAAAGCAAGCUUUCUCAGACUAAAUAGGUAUACCUGUAUUUUUGCUCUAGGGUUCAGGAUGAACUUCAACAGUCUUAAGUUGGAAUCUUUCCACCAAUUAAUGCUCAUUUGUUUUGGCUGGAGUCCAAUGUCUGCAUGUAGGGGGCUCUUCGGAUGCUGGCUUUCCUGAUCCCUGCAUGAUCACAAAUGUAAACGGCACAUUUCUAUCUCAUUAAAUUGCAGCCUAGCAUUUAGAUUAGUUAACAUUUUCAGAACCCCGCAAGUCAGUAGCCUGCUGGCAGACCACAUUUGUAUUGGGCCGGCAGAAACUUCGCAUAGAACUUGGUCCCUUCUCUUUGUGUUUUUGUAGGGUGAGACAAAGCUUGUGUCGUUAGCUUAUAGAAGGGACUCUUCGCCAGGAAGUGAAAAUCCUGUGUAGUUUUUACAAAGGCUUUCCCACAUGGUGAAACACACACAGAGAAAAUAUCUGCAGGAAAAGGAGUACUAGAGAAAGUUAUUUCCAAUAACUGAUGAUGUGUGAAAUCCCUCCAAGCUUCUUGAAGAGGAUUCUGUGUGGGUCAUACAUUUCAGCAUGUAGGAUGUUGGAGUGCUGGACAAUACAGCUAUUUUGUUCCUUUGGAUUACUGUACGCAAGUUUCAGUUAAAGAAGAGGGACAAAGAACACAGGGCAAAUAAAAAGCUGUUGCCAGAAACUGAUGGUAAAAGGCAGUUUGUGAAUGUGCAGUGAUUUUGGCUGUACAGUACCAGCUAUGACAUAAAAUAACUGCAUGCUGUUCUUGUUCAGACAAUAACACUUCCUUUACUGUGUCCUAAUGAAGGGGGGGGCUUUGCCUCCCUAAAUUUGCAUUUCUGUAACAGCAUUGUAGUGCUAUAUCCAGCCCCUAUUAGCCAUACGACCCCAGUAUGCAUUGCACCUAAAACAAAACACACACACUCUUUUCAAUACAUAGCUUAAUACCCAGUCACAGUCACUGCAAUCCUAUGCAUAGUUUACUUAGGAGUAAGCUCAGUGGGGCUCACUUCACAUUGCAUAGGUUUAAUUUCAGAAGUGGUUCUGCCAGUGGCAUUCAGUUGCAAAGCUACCUUCCUGGCAGGUAUGUUGCUGCCACUUGUUGGAAUGGAGAGGGGGUGAGGUGUGAGGGAGUCAAGGCUGUGUGGGCACACACUGGCAGCAGUGCCAGAAUGGCUUUGCCAGUGUGACACUGCAUGGUCCUGAGCUCCCUGCCACCUCUCCCUCUUGGUACGUAGCUGCAAUGACGCUGCCCAGAAGUUAGCAUUUGUGGCUUUGCCCCACCAGCCGAGCUGCUUUUGUUCCAUCUGUAAAACACAUUGAACUUUAACAAAAUACCUUCAGCCAGCUGAAAUGCAGUCCUCUUGCUUUCAACCAGAAAUGCCAGCCAUCUCGCAAAUAAGUGUCACAAUUUACAUGGCUGGCAUGAAGUAGGAGCCCCAACCGAGUAAAAAGAAAGAGGUGCCCACUCUCAGCUUGAUGAGCUUCUUCAUUCUCUGCAUGAAUCUGUUCCUCUAUACAGUACUAAUCUGCAGCUAAUGAACUUGAAAGCCUUGUUAUCGCCACAUGGCAAGGAAGGCCUGCUGGUAACUUUAGCACUCCAGUAGAAGACAUUGUCAUUCCUGCUCUGAGAAAAGUCCUGGAGCUCUGCUUCUUUUCAUUCUGCCUCCGCUGUGCCACUGUCCUCCAGUCUCUGAUAUAACCAUCAACAACUCUUGAUUAUUUUAGCUUUGCUGAAAAGAGAGGGCCUUACAAACAUCUAGUGUGGUGUGUCAUUUUGAAUAUGUUUCAGAAAUAAGUCUUGCCAGUUUUGAUUUAAUGGAUCAGCCCCACCUAAAAUAAUAACAGCUGAAUGGGGGCAGCAGAUGCCUCUGUCUUGCUGGAAUGACUGCCUGUUAAUCUAGUUUGGCUUUUCUCCUUGCAAAUGAAUUUUUAUGCUGUUUAGUUCAGCUCACAUUACCCCCACCCCCACCCUGCUUUACGCCUAACACACUAAAAGCUUUUUUAGAGGAUUACUGUCUCAGCAAACAGAGUACUACUGCCUGCCAUGUUGCAGAUUUUCCUGCAAUACAUAACAUCUAUUUCUUUAAUGUACUGUUUAAAUAUGUUUUGCUUUUUAAGGUGUUAUGCCAUGUCCAGAUUCCUUGCGAUCAAAGUGCCUUUGUCACUGUCUCGAGAGGGAAAAACUGUAAUAAAUCACAAUGUAUUAUUAAGAAGUACCAGCAUGUGCUGAGCUUGCAAUCUUGUUCAGCCUAAUUUUAUUUCGCCUCCCUUUUGGUACUGCUGCCAAAAUGCCACUGGUAUAAAUCCAAUACUUUUGUUUUGUUUUGUUUUUGCGUGCAUCUAAAUAGUACUGAUUAGAACUGGACAAGUCGUGACCCAUGAAGCCAAACGCAGCCCUUCAGAGGACUAAUCAGCAAUGUUUUUGCUUCCUGUUUGGGACUGUAAAGCAAGGGGAGGUUUUGUCGAGCACCCAGCAUAAAC